AUGAAGACCGCAUUCAUUACUAUCUUUUCGCUCUGCGCAGCCUUCGGCCUGGCAGCACCUGCCAAUGACGAGUACGAUGCCGCCAACGCUCUCGUAGCCCGUGACGGUGGCGAGGAAUCAACCUGCUGCGGCGGAAGCGGCUGGGCUGGUUACGAUGAGACAGCCGAGAACGGUAAGAAGAGCGGAAAGCAACACAAGAAGAUCAAUGAGCGCGAGGCCGAGGCGGAAGUCGAGCUAGUCACUCCGAAUGUUCUUGCUCUCCGUUGGGUGGAUUCCGCCCCAAAACGUGAAGCCGAGCUCGAAGCUCGUGACGGUGGCGAAGAGUCUACUUGCUGUGGUGGCGGUGGGUGGUUUGGUUAUGAUGAGACUGCCGAGGACAAGAAGCAUGCCAAAGUGGAUGGCAAGCACGAGGCGGGUAAGAAUCAUAAGCCUGUGCAGCCAGUCCAGGAGGAGGCCGCUGAGAAGCGCGAGGCUGCGAUCGAGGCGCGAAGCCCAGAUGGCGGUGAGGAAUCCACUUGCUGCGGUGGUAGCGGCUGGGCUGGCUACGAUGAGACUGCUGAGGAUAAGAAGAAGCACAAGCAUGUCCACGAGUAA